AGUCCAUAUAUAGGACUUUAUUGACUAAAGGACAGAUACAUUCAUUUAUAAACAAAUUAAUUAUGCUAAGUGUCUAAAUACAUGUUAUGUGUGGGGCUUACUUUCCCAUUUUAAACAGUAGCCCCUUCAGUAUUAAAUUCAUCCUGUCUCUUCCGGUUCUAGGCACUUCAGGAGCCAUAGCUUAAGGUGCAAACAUAACCAAGACCAACAACCACACCACACACAACCAGUCCUGAAAAUGGCACAGAAAUGGUAUCAAGAAAUCCCAAUCACAAAGAUACGAAUCUCUUAAGGGGGUGGACCCCAAGUUCCUGAGGAACAUGCGAUUUGCCAAGAAACACAACAAGAAGGGCCUAAAAAAGAUGCAGGCUAACAGUGCCAAGGCCAUGAGUACAUGUGCCAAGGUUAUCAAGGCCCUCAUAAAGCCCAAGGAGGUUAAGCCCAAGAUCCCAAAGGGUGUCAUCCGCAAGCUCAAUCAACUUGACUACAUUGCCCACCCCAAGCCUGGGAAGCAUGCUCAUGCCCGCACUGCCAAGGGGCUCAGGCUGUCCUGGCCAAAGGCCAAGGACAAGGAUAAAACCAAGGCCCAGGCUGCAGCUCCAGCUUCAGUUCCAGCUAAGGCUCCCAAAGGUGCCCAGGCCCCUACAAAGGCUUCAGAUUAGAUAUC